AAUAUGCGGUACAGCGCACACAUAUCCCUACGAUAUGGCCAGGUCGCAAUACACACGUUGAGCUACACUCCUAUUAUAAGAAACAGACUAUAGGGUUAUUUAGGUUACGGUUCUGAAACCAAUGUUUAUAAACAGUGGUUUUCACUGGGAGUAAUGGCGUUGAACUGUAGGCCUACACCACAGAACCCACCUACUGCUGGUACGUGAGUCUACAUGAAAUGAAAUCAUUUUAAUGUUAAAGCUCAUAUGACUGCAAGUGUAAGGAGUUAUUUGUCAUACCUCAGAGGACAGCUGUAGUGCACGGACUUUGAUUACUGUGUAUCUGUCGUUUGUAUUGAAUAGCUCGCCAUUUUGUAUUACCACCACAACAAGGAUGACGACGGACAACUCUAAAGACAAGAGGGUCGUGCUAUCUGAUCCCUCGGAAUAUCGACCGGAAUAUAAGGACAAAAAGGACUACCGAGAAUUUGACAUUCAUAACUCACCUACCCGAGUUGUCAACACCUAUAGGAAUAUGCAUACCCACCAAACUUUGGCCUAUGUACGCGGAAAGAUCGAACAUUACUCAAAAUUUAAUCAUGCUGAAAUGACAAUGAUGGAAGCAAUCAAUUCACUUGAUGCCUUUAUGGAUGAAAGUGAUCCGGAUGUAGACAUUCCUAACUCUCUACAUGCAUAUCAAACUGCUGAAGCAAUACGAAAGGCACACCCGGACAAAGAUUGGUUCCAUGUUGUGGGAUUGAUUCAUGACGCUGGGAAAGUGAUGGCUCAUUGGGGAGAGCCGCAAUGGUCCACAGUGGGCGAUACAUUCCCAGUCGGGUGCUGUCCCGAUGAAAACAUUGUUUUCGGAAGGGAAAGCUUCAAGGAUAACCCCGACAUGCUGGACGAGAAACUCAACUCUAAACUGGGAAUAUACACAGACAACUGCGGUCUCAAUAACGUAAUAAUGUCAUGGGGCCAUGAUGAAUAUUUGUACCGCGUGCUAACAGCUGACGUGAACAAGUGCUACUUACCGGAAGAAGCUUUGUACAUGAUCCGGUUCCAUUCCUUCUACCCAUGGCACACUUCCGGGGCCUAUGAGUAUCUGUGUAACAACAAGGAUAAUGAGAUGAUGGCUUGGGUCAAUGAGUUCAAUCAGUUUGAUCUCUACACCAAGUCCCCAAUUCCACCGGAUGUAGACAACCUCCAAGCCUACUACAGCAGCCUCAUGGACAAGUAUAUUCCGGGAAAGCUCAAAUGGUGAUCUCCAAACUGCUGGAAGCUACUCUCGUGUCGAGUCUACCAAUGGCCGAAAACCAGAAGUCGCAAUGACAUGUCUCAAUUGGUGCAAAACGUUCCUUGCCGAUGCAACUUAAUUGCUUAUACACCUACAAGUGCUUUAUUAGAAUAUUAGUUAUAUGCUAUAUAAAUGCUAUAAAAGUGCUGAAUUUUUGCCAUCAAUACUAAACAAUUGUGUUAUUUUUGUGAUAUUUCACAAAUGUAUGAGAAAAUGGGAUCGUACGAACAUCCCCGAACCGGUGAAUGGAGGAUGCAGUAUGGAAGUAUUUCAUUCCCAAUGGAUAAUCACAGACUACAGAAGAAAAUAUCUAUUAAGCAUUUUUGUUCUCGUUCAUCAUUUUAAGUAACAUACUAGUACAUUGUAUUAAGAAUAUUUCGUAAUUGUUAUUUUUAUAGGUUUCUUUUGUAUUUAUAUAUUUAUUGUAUAAUAUAUAUACACUUUAUCAGUUGGUGAUGAUAAUAUUGCUCAAAGUUAUAUCUACAGUGCUAUUUACCCUCAGGAAGUUGCAAAUUAGCUUUUAUACAGUGAUAGUGGGUCAAAACGGACGCUAUGGAAAUGAGUACAUUCUCUAUCUGAAUAGCAUAACAUUUAUACUUAAGUUUGUAUAAUCUAAUGUAGUAAAUCUGUUUUUCUUCCAUCAUUCCGUUAUGGAUUAUGAAGAUCGUUCAAGAUACUGUUGAGUUCAAUUACUAAACAGCGUCGUGAGUGUGAUAUUUUUAAGAAGCCCUGAAAUGUUGUGAAUUUUCUAGUGUUUUGUUUUAUUAAUACACAAUGCCAUAUUGAUACUAACUUUUGGCAGCUUUGUUUUUACGAAAAAAAUUUAUUGAUAGCUUAUGUCUUUUAUAUCAAUUUAAUUAGCUGCUAUCAAUGCAGGCACUUUUAACUAUGCACACGAUAACAUCAUUGAAAAGAACGCUGAAUUUUUAUUUAUUUAUUUUGUUUGUUUGUUGAAAUGUAGUCUUUUAAGUACAUAAUUAUAUCAAAAUUAACAUUAUUAUCCACAGGUGAUUUAAAUGAUUUAUACAUGGAUACUGUAAAAACAUAUCGGUGUCAGUAAACUACUGGCUAUGCAUUUUAUAAUAUUUGCAGCUUGUGUUACAGUAUCUCGUGAAAUGUUUAUUUUGUACAGUCAUAUCCAGAUUUUUAAGAUCCCAUGUAAAAUUACAUGGUAUCAUUUUCGCGUUAUGUUCACCCAAGUUACGUCACUGCUUUGUAAUUCUGGUCAGAGAGACAUAUUACAGCUUUUCAUCAAGCGUUUAGACGAGUUUGAUUAUAAAUAAACGUUGUAGCGCCGGUAUUAUCCGCUGUUGAACGAUUAUCAGAUUAUAUCUUGUGUUGAUAUUAUUUUCUUCCGGGUGUCAGAUAAAUAUUCAUGCCUUACCUAACGAUGGUCUUUGUAUUUAUCCAUUCGGCUGAUUCCGGUACCUUUUGACGUCGAUAUGAAAUCUGCCGAGAUGUGACGAACGUGUAUUUAUCUUUCAGUGGGAUUGAAUUCAUUCUUACAAAAAAUACAAUUUACGACGAUGUCUUGUAUAUAUACACAUGUUACUCCAUACAGGAAAGUCAGUGUGGCAGAACAGGAAUCAAUGACGCAUAAAGAAAGCCACGUGUCCUGUUUCUUUACAAGAAAUGAUUAAUUAUUCAUAAAACCCUCUUGACGUCAUUCUUUCCAUCCGAGGACUUUUACAUUUAUUAAUGGGUUGUUAAUUAUAUAUCGAACCCGUGUAUUUGCUUGUUUUUAUAGCUCCUCCCUAAAUAUUUUAUUGAUAAAUAAAAGUACAUCUAUCUACCAAAAUUAUGCCUUUAAACUAAUUGUCCUCCCAUACAGCUGAUAAUUAUCACCCAGAGAGCGUGUACAGUAACGCUACGAAUCAAUAGUUCUUCUCGUGUCUAUAUAAAGACAUUCACAUAGCAACAACAUCAAUACCUACCUUUUAACAUGUAUAUUACGUAAGUAGUUAACUCUUUAAAUUGUGUUCUUUACUGGAUAUGUUUUCGGUGAGUUCCAUAGAGUCAUUAUAUAAAUGCAUGCUUUUAAAUGUCAUUAGAUAGAUGAUUGAUAAGUGUAAGGGGUUUUUAACUGUAUAUUAUCAGUACAGCGGUACAAAGACGGAAUAAAUGUGGAGGUAAGACAGUUA